AUGGGGCAGUUCUUUGGCAGGCCCACGGAAGAGGCGGUGGGGCAAAUGAUGUGGAGCAACGAGUCCAUCGUCAAGCUGGGCUUCGAGUGCGACGACGCGCACUGGCGAAACAUCAUCGAUCGCUCGCUCCUGCGCAACAACGACUUCUUCAGAAGGCGACAAGCUCCUCCGGACCCAGAGGCGCUGCCCACGGCGGAGGAACGGCCCUUGGGCCAGGUGAGGCUUUUGCAACCGCCGGACGUCACACCCCAAGAGGUCCUGAGCAAAUACGCCGUCCUUUGCGAGUACUUGGACCACAAUUUGAAAAUGCCCACCACCUCGCAGCUGCAGAACUGCGCCAAGAACAGCGGUUUGCAGCUCUCCUAUGCUGUGGCUGCUCCCAUGAUCAAGGAGCUGCGACUUUGGAUCAUGUCCAAAGCUGUGGGGCAAGAGGUGAUGAUCUUCGACAUUUUUGGCACUUCGAUCUCGGGCACCCUCCGUCACUGGUGCUCAGAGCACGACAACUGGUCGGCCCGGACCGCCGAGAGAGCGACAAAACGACCCAAAACACGGAGCGAGCGCCGGAAGCGUGUUUGGAGCAGAGUUUUGAGGGAACGCAGCGCUGGACCCUUAUGGCAUCUCAGGAAUUUCCAGUUUAUAUAUAUAUAUAUACUAAACGAUUAUCAAAGCCCCCUAGGGUCAAGAAGGUCCUUGGGAGGUGUGCAUGAGUUCGCAGGAUUUCGCAGGUAG